AUGAGCUAUUAGCUCUAGCUCUAUGAUCGGACAGUACGGUAUCUUGUGCUUCUAUGAUCUUUAUGUUGCAUGCAGCGCAGCGCAGCGAAGAUGUGGCUGCUGCACAAGAACAGGAACAAGGAAAUUACAGAUCACAUUUGAGGAUGGAAGUUCUCUUCAAAGGCCACUGGCAUCAUGGCUACGUUAAGAGACCGGAGGAUUUUGAGAGGAGAGAUGUUGAUCCCGAAGAGAAUGCAAUAGACGGUGGUGUGAGAGUGACCAUCCCUCAGGCAACUCUCUUCAUCCUUUGGCUUGUCAGCUGUGUUCUACUGGCAGGCAGCUUUAUCUUUCGCAGGCAAAGACCAGCCACUGUGAUCAUUGUUGAUGCAGAAGCUGGGAACCAAGGCGACCAUGGUGAAAAGGACGGGCAAGAAGAUCUGGAUGAUCAUGAUGAUGGGAUGGGGAACAGCGAAGGCAAAAGAGGGUUUUAUAGGAAUUCUAGUGAGACUAAUGGUAGUGUUGCCUGUAGAGAGGAGACGGAGGGCAAAGAUAUUAUCAAAGAAAAAAACAAAGAUGGGUACACAGCAGAGAGUCCCCAGGUAAAUGACACUUCCAACACGAGCAAUUCAAGCAAUUUCUCUACCGUGAAAUCCCGGCCAACAUUUGAAAAGUUCUUGCUGUACACCAUGGGGCUUGGGGUGAUCUUGCUGUACUUCUUUUUCUGUGAGGUUUGGGACGAGUGGCCUGUGGGGGAGAGGGUUUAUAACAGAGACCAGUUCAUGUUUUUCACACUCCUCAUGUUCUUAGUGGCUGGUGUAUUCACAGUGCGUACCUGUCCAGACAAAUUACUCAACAGAGACCAGACUGAGGAAUGGAAAGGUUGGAUGCAGGUAAUGUUUGUAUGGUACCAUUAUUUCAAAGCAGCUGAAACAUAUAACCUGGUACGUGUGUACAUUGCCUGCUAUGUCUGGAUGACCGGAUUCGGUAACUUCUCGUUCUUCUGGGUGCGAAAGGACUUCACCCUCUGGCGAAUGAUGAAGAUGCUGUUCCGCCUAAAUUUUCUGGUUAUACUGGUCGUCAUGGUAACAAACAAUAGUUACAUGUUAUAUUACAUCUGUGCCAUGCAUACCUACUGGUUCCUUAGUGUCUACCUCUUCAUGUUUGUCUUUCGUUCCUGGAAUGAGAAUCCACGCUGGAUGGCCAUCAAGUUUGCAGCAUACUUCAUCUGCAACGCCCUUGUCUUUGACACCCCUUUACUAGUCUACAUCUUCAGACCAUUGUGGUUCAUCUUGUCAUAUGGGGGCUCUCUCCAUGAAUGGCAGUUCAGGGCUGGCCUUGACCACUACGCUUGCUUUGUGGGGAUGCUCUGCGCCUACAACUAUCCCCAUUACGAACGCUGGAUGAACUACCUCGAUAAGAAGCACAUUGAUAAGCGGGACAAGCGUCUCUCCAUCCUCAUCAAGGGAUUCAUCAUCGCCAUCCUCCUGGUUCUAACAGUCAUCUGGUAUCGCACAUUCAUGUUGAAAGACAAAUAUGCCUAUAACCAGAUCCAUCCGUAUAUAUCCUGGUUCCCCAUAAUAACCUACAUCUUCCUACGUAAUAUGUUCCCCGCGCUCCGUACACGCUACCUCUACUUCUUCACAUUCCUUGGUAAAAUCACCUUAGAAACGUACAUCUCUCAACUCCACAUCUAUCUGCAGAGCAACGCCAAAGACCUCAUCGCCUACAUACCAGGUUACCCUCUCAUGAACUUUGCCCUUGCUACAGCCAUUUAUUUAUUCAUCUCGUACUGGCUCUUUGAAAUUACGACUGUAUUCUCGUCCUACUUGUUCCCACAGGAUAUGAAGACGGUAGGCGUUCAUUUUGGAGUAGGGUUUGUGGUUUGUGGUCUAGCUGCCUGUUUAGCAUUGAUUCUCAAGGAAGCAGCUGUGUUUUGAUGAGAACUGGCUUUUAUUCAGUCUUCAUCUCUGUACAUUCUCUUGUUUCGAUUUAAAGAUACCAAAUUAAAUUAUGCCAGAUAUGUAAAUGAUCCUGGUCUUCAUUGUAAUCAGAGGCAUUUAAAAUAAUAUUACUGUCUGUUGACAAUAGGCAUCCAGGGGAGUGUUUCAUGAAAGGACUUGUCGGACGUUUUAUCCGACAAGUCCCAUUUUAUCCGACAGUUACCAUAGUAACAGUACCUCUCAGCCAAUCAACAUCAGAGAAAGAUGUCAGAUCUGACAAGUUGUCGGAUGAAAAUGUUGAUGAAACACUCCCCAGGGCUUACAAAGAGUUAUGAUUGAUCCAAUCAAUCGUAACCCUAUGGAAAUCCAUCAGUGUCAUAAUUUUUUCAAUAGGAAAUUUGCACAAUGUCCUUUUUAAACAAAGAGAAGCACAGUGAAUUUUCAAGAAAACAAUUAAUGCAUGAAUAUACAUCAUAGUUAGAAAAUAUUUUGAACAAACAUGAAUAAUACAUGUUGACGUUGCUGGCCGUCCAUAGUUGCGAUCGAUUGGAUUAAUCUUUAUAAGACGGGCCCCAGGAACAUCGAUGUGUGACAUCAAAUUAAAAUUUCAUUGGGGGAGACAUUAUAGGAACACCCAAAAUACUAUUGGCUUGCUUCUUUAAUUUAUACCAUUUCUAUCAACCAAUUCAGAAUAAAGAUGAUACCACCAUCUUCUUUCUUCCAAUUUCUACCCAUCUUGCAAUGUAAGAUGUGCAUUAUUUCUUCAAUGAAAUUAUCAUCGAGAACAUUUUUUUUUUUUAUUCAGUGUAUGUCUUCUAUUGUUAUGUUUUAGUUUUAAACUCGAUACACAUAUUGCAAUAAACUAAUGAUUAAUUAUAGUUCUUGAUAGAUCAUAUGUAUUAGCAGACAACAUGGUUGUAAUUGUUUUUUUUGUUUUUUUUGGAAGACGUGCCUUAAGGACAAAGUUCUACGUGGCUGAAAUGAGAAAGAUAUAUGAUUUAUUUUGUGUUAUCAUGCAGAAUUACUGAUUGAGUGUUGCUGAUUAAAAUGAACAUACUUCGUAUUUGUCAAGUAAAUGUGUAGAUUAUGUAAGCCAUGUAUGCAUGUGUAUGCAGCUAGUCUUGCAUAUGCUGCACUUAAAAACUGUCAAGAAAUUGUGUCUGAAGUAAAAAAAUCUUUACACUUUAUUUUUGUUUUCUCUCUCUCUCAAAGGAUACUAAUCCUCUUUAACAAGGUCCAUACUGUACUUAAACAUGUUAUACAGGUGAACCAUUAAUGUAAGUUUAUACAUGUAGUUUCAUAUUAAGGCUGAUUUGGUUUCAUAUCAAUGUUGAUGAAAUAUUUUAUGUGAAAUAUGAAGUCUAUUACAUAACUGUAAAGUUAUAUGGAUCAGUGCAUAUAGGUUGUUUGUUGUCACUAAACAGUUUUUACUGGUAGUGAAAUGGUAAUCUACAAGAAUAUACUGCUUUGUUCAUGGCAUGAAGCUUUAUAGGUCUGGUUUGACCCAUCCUGAAAUGUUAUAUUGAUUGAAAAAAACAUUUGCAAUGUCUUGAUACAUGUCUACUAUAAAAUGCCAUUUUUGAAAUACAGAUAUGGAAAUUGCUUGAGCAUUGAAAGCUGUAGAACCACCUGCAAAUAGAAAAAAAAUCUACGAACACUUUAUUUACAUAUAUUCCACAUUUACAGAUUAACUUGCCAUUCCUUUUUCAUUUGGAAAUAUUUAUUUUAAAAGCGAUAUAUUGCCAAAAAGUCAAUAUAAUAAAAUAUGUAUUUGAAGGAUAGAACUUACAUAUAUUGCCUUUUGUUAGCCAGUGAUCAACACUUCAAAUCACAGUAAUGGAUCAUGUCCCAGUCUUUUUCUUUUCAUGUUCACAUAUACUUUGAAGAUGAACUUGAUAAGUUGAUUUUUACUGUAUAUUUAAUUUGUUAAAUUUUGGAUUCAGUACUAAAUUAAUCUUAACCCUUAUUAACAUCAUGGGCUGAAUUUGAUGAUUUAACUUAACUCACUUAUUUAACUUUACUCAUUUUAUCAAUGAUUUUCUGUUACUUGUAAUUUUGUUUGCCCCCCCCCCUCCCCUUCACUUGCUCAUCUCUUACGAGAUGGAUAUGGCACCUAACAAAUUGCAUAUAUUAUAGUUAUUAUUUAUACCCCCACCCCCCAAAAAACAACAACAACAACAAAGAAACAAAUCAGUUUGCUGCUCAUUGCUUUGCGUUGCAAUUGCGAGUGCCGAUUAAAAAAAAAAUAUUCAACCCAAUUUUUAGUCUUUGGAUAACUUAAAGGUAUUAUUUAACUUUGUGAGCAGUCGAUUUAAAAAAUUCUCAAACCAAGAUGAAACAUGUGUACAAGUACAUGUAUUAGAACUAAAAAACCCUGAAAACAACCAUUAUUGAGAAUGAAAAGCUAAAAAUACAAGGCAAACCUCGAUCAUGUAAUUAGGUGUCUUAAAGACGCUUAAAUAGAACACACGUGUAUGGGAUGAAAUUAAGAUGGUGUUUCCAGUCACUUUGUAUUUCACUUUUUGAAGCACUAAAUGAUUUUUGGAUGCGAUUUUUUUCUGGGCUUCAUUUUUGUAACAUAUCACAGACACAGGUGACAAGUGUGACCUUCUAGCUCAGAUUUUUAAAAAGUCAAAUCAAUGUUAGCCAAUCACUUUAAACUACUUCAUCCUGGAGACUCGAAAGCUCAAUUGCACUCUGAUUCCCCUUUGAUAAUAGACUCUUUCACCACUACUUGUCCAUAACAAUGAACAGGAUAUGCUUAAUUAGUAUGCCAAUAUUGGGGGCUAUUUCUUGACACCUCGAUUUCUAAUUUUGUUCUUUUUGUCACCCUAUUUUAACAAAACUGGAUGAGUCAUGGUGCUCCAAUAGCUUAGCUAAUUUUCCUUUAUUCUCAAAAAGCGAUAUUCUAUGGUGGUGAACAUCCUUUACUAUUGCCUUGUGCCAGUUUAAAGCCGAGAAUCUCCUCUUUGAACUUGAGUUCAUUUCGGGCGACUUUUGGUGGAUUUGUGGUACCUGUUUGCAAGUUACAGAUGAGUUUAUGCAUGGCUAGUGACCAUUUCUUCUGCUAUUUUGAUAUAUCCCUAUAAUUAUAACUGACUUAGCAUGUAAUACAUGCAUGCUCCCAGUCAUGUGUUACUAGUACUUUACAAACAGCUUUGUGAAACAUACAUCUGUGAGCUGAGUGUGCAAUAGGAAAUUUAUGAUUUUUUUUUAAACAAAAGUGAAUCGGGGAAAACAAAUCAAUAUUCUGUGUGUCAUGUGUCUGUAUAUUACCCUGCAAAUCAAAUAAUGCCCGUUUACAUGUAUGCAUUCAGUUCAGUUUUUUGAGAGUUGCAGUAGUUUACAUAUAUAUAUACACACACAUAUUUAUAUAUAUAUGUACAUAAACUCUACAAGUAUAUUUUAUAGAAUGAGUAUGCAGCACUUAGAAACAUUGUAUUAAGUUUUGCAUGAUAUUAUUAUUAGACCUAUUAUUAUUUUGAAGCACUAUAAUUCCAGUCUUUCAAAGUGCAAGUGAAUUUGUAAGGUUUUUAGAGUAAAGAAAUAAAUUUCUUAAGCACUUUUGUUUUGAACAGUCUUUCUGAAAAAUGCAGUUGAAUAUGUCUAAGAUUUGAGUAAAAGAAUGUAUUGAAUAUGAACUGACAUGAAUGUGUGUACAUUUCUGAAGUGCAAAUAAGUGUAAUGUAUAGAGGAUAGCCAUGCAAUAAUAUUUUUGUUUUUGUUAAAGCACAAUUGAAAAUCAUCUUUAGAGCACUCAAAUACCUUGUGCAGCUUGAAUAGGCAAAAAGGAAUUACAUGUAUGUAUUAUAACAUUGAAGUAAGAUUAAUAUAUGGAUGUCAUGAAAAACAAAACUAUUCUUACCUACGCAGACCAGCCAUUGUUAAGAUGUGUUUUGUGUAAUGAAAAAUAAAUCAGUGGUACAAGAUACAUAAUAUACAAA